AUGGCUAAUAACAAGGAUUCUGCUGCGAAUACCAACAAGGCCAACGAACAGCAGCAGGAAACUAACGCCAAUAUUAGUCCUAGUAGGAACCCCAGCAAUCAAGAGGAGAGGCUUGUCAAACCAGACUGGCCUAGAGGGUCUUCUUCCAGGCUUGAAAUUGGUGGACCCUCUUCUGUGCCUGCUCCUUCUGGGGCCGGUGCCACUGAAGUUGGGGGUUCUUCCACUGUGGUGACUACUGCUUCAACUACCCCUUCGGUUCCUGCAAGGGUUGGAGGCAGUGGUGUUACUGUGGACUUAAAUGUUGUUUCUAGACCAACUGGAGAAGGAUCUUCCAGAAGAAGAUCUGAAAAGGCUAUUGAUAAUUCUCCUGCUCGGAAGAGAGCAAAAGGAGAAAUGGAUGCUCCAAAAACCGAACCUAAAUGCUACAGUUGUGGAAAAAAAUUUGGUACAUGGAAAGCUGUUUUCGGCCAUAUGCGGGCCCAUCGUGACCGAGGUUGGAGAGGGGCUUUUCCUCCUCCCACCUGGUCUUCUCAUGAAAAGACUGCCAAGGCUGAUCGGACUGCGUUGCAAAACCAGUUGGCACCUACACUCCUGAACUUGGCCAAGGAGACUCUGGACAAGAUGAACCAGUAUCAAGCCGAGGCUGUUUCUCCGAGAAGAGAAAGAAGCUUAGAUUUUGAUCUCAAUAUUGAGCCUGGAGGAAUUUCCGGAAGUAAUUCUGGCUCUUCUACUCCGCAUGCGCAGCCUUCAAGUGGUGCAAGAGAUUUUGAUCUCAACAUGCCGCCAAAAAAUGGUAGCAAUGAGAACGAGGGAUCAUCAAAUGAUUGA